AUGAUCACGGUACUAAUGUGCGACCAAAUGCGAGUGAUUCAUAUAGGAAGGCAGAGUAUGGUCGCCUGUGAUCCAAUUGGUGCACUGGCAAACCUGGAAAGAGUUCUGCUAGAGUACGUAUUCGAACGCGUAUCCGCCCUCGACUUCAAGCCUGUAUCUGUACCAGAUCUUGUGACGAAGGAAAUUGCUGAAGAAUGUGGUGUGUUGCACGUCACCGAGACCGCAUACAGUAUUCAUUGCAAAAUGAGGAAAAUAUUGUCCUAUCUGGCACCGCCGAAAUGGGUAUUUCUGCACUGCUAA